AUGCCGUCGAUCUUCAAGAAAGCCAUGGCCGCCGGAGCUGUCUUUUCUACAGCUGCCAGCGCCCAAAACUUCCGUGUGGUUGGUCAGAUCUACACCGGCACGCCUGGUGAGACAAUCACCUACCGUACCUGGUACGGUGACGGCAACUUGUACGUUGGCCCCAAGGUCCCUGCGAGCGUGAGCAAUGCUCUGAACUUCACCAUCCCCGACUGGACUGGCACCCAGCCGCAGGUGCUCGUCGGCCCCGUCCCGCCAGCUACCUCCGAGGACCUGCCCGACGGCACCUUCAUCGCCAUCAACAACGCCACGGGCGCCACGGACCCUGUUCUGCUCACCAACGACGAGUCAUCGCUCGGCGACGGCUACAUCUCGAAAUGGCUCCGCUACGGCACCUUCAUGGUCCCGGCCAACCCCAGCGGAACCUCGGACACGCACACCUUCUUCUAUCUCGCCAACACGGAGGAGCCUGGUACUUUCCAGAUCACCUGGAGGACCCCGGGAACGGCUGAGGAGGGGCUGCAGAGAAUUAACAUCACUGCUAUAUUGUAA